GUCACCGACCUGUCUCGACUUCCAGAUCGAAGAUGGCGGUCUCGGUGUUCCCCGGCGUGCGGCUCCUCUCCAUUGGAGACGCGAAUGGAGACAUACAGCGACACUCAGAGCAGCAACCCCUGCGGUUAGAAGUCAAAACCUCACAAGAUGCUGCCCUCAUCAAUCUCUCCAAUGGAGAGGAGGCGAGUGUGUUCAAGUGUUCGGUUUCCAGGGAGACGGAGUGCAGCCGCGUGGGGAAGCAGUCGUUCAUCAUCACACUGGGCUGCAACAGCGUCCUGCUGCAGUUCUCCUCACCUGCAGACUUUCAGUCCUUUUAUAAUCUCCUGAAGAACUGUCGUGGGCAUCUUGGUGAGCGCUCAGUCUUCAGUGACAGAACAGAGGAGUCCUCUGCUGUACAGUACUUCCAGUUUUAUGGCUACCUCUCCCAGCAACAGAACAUGAUGCAGGACUACGUUCGGACAGGGACUUACCAACGGGCUAUUCUCCAAAACCACACCGACUUCAAGGACAAGGUUGUGCUGGAUGUUGGUUGUGGCUCGGGGAUCCUCUCUUUCUUUGCAGCUCAAGCUGGAGCCAGGAAGGUCUACGCUGUGGAGGCCAGCACCAUGGCACAGCACGCCGAGGUGCUGGUGAACAGUAACCGUUUAGGGGAGCGUGUGGUCGUCAUCCCGGGGAAGGUGGAGGAGGUGACGCUGCCGGAGCAGGUUGACAUCAUCAUCUCAGAGCCAAUGGGCUACAUGUUGUUCAAUGAGCGCAUGCUGGAGAGCUACCUGCAUGCCAAGAAGUUCCUCAAACCCAAUGGUAAAAUGUUCCCCACUAUCGGUGACGUGCACCUGGCCCCCUUCACAGACGAGCAGCUCUACAUGGAGCAGUUCACCAAGGCCAACUUCUGGUACCAGCCCUCCUUCCACGGUGUAGACCUCUCUGCCCUGCGGGGGGCAGCUGUGGACGAGUACUUCCGCCAGCCGAUCGUGGACACGUUUGAUAUCCGUAUUCUGAUGGCCAAGUCGGUCAAAUACACAGUCAACUUCCUGGAGGCCAAAGAAGAGGAUCUUUACAGGAUAGAGAUUCCCUUUAAGUUCCACAUGAUGCACUCUGGCCUGGUCCACGGCCUCGCUUUCUGGUUUGAUGUGGCAUUCAUGGGAUCAGUGAUGACAGUAUGGCUGUCCACGGCACCCACAGAGCCGCUCACCCACUGGUACCAGGUGCGCUGUCUGCUGCAGUCUCCCCUCUUCACCAAGGCUGGGGACACUCUGUCCGGCACUGCACUGUUGGUGGCCAACAAAAGACAAAGCUAUGACAUCAGUAUUGUUGCCCAGGUGGACCAGACAGGAUCAAAGUCCAGCAAUCUCCUGGACUUGAAGAACCCCUUUUUCAGGUACACAGGCACCUCCCCCAACCCUCCUCCUGGCUCACACUACACCUCCCCAUCUGAGAAUAUGUGGAACACGGGGGCAGCCUACAGCAUGAGUCAGGGGAUGGCUGUAUCAGGGAUGCCUGCAGCUUAUGACCUCAGUACAGUCAUUGGCAGUGGCCCGGCAGUGUCUCACAACAACCUCAUCCCUCUAGUGAACACGGGGAUUGUAAACCACACCCACUCCAGGAUGGGCUCCAUCAUGAGCACAGGAAUUGUCCAGGGAGCCACCACGGGUCAGUCGGGCCCCAGCAGCAGCGGUACUUACUAUCCCGUCACCAACCAGUUCACCAUGGGGGGCGCUGCCAUCUCCAUGGCCUCACCUAUGGUCAUCCCCAGCAACACCAUGCAUUAUGGCAGUUAAGACGAGGACUUUGCCAAGACCUCUUCGACCUCCCAGCCCCUGCAUGACAAGAGACCCCCCACCCCCCCCACC